UUUUGCAAUGUCUGUAAACGUGUACGAUCUUAGAGAAAACAAGAAUUACCUCAAAUCGCUGCAGGGAUGUAUUACCCACCAAAACGAAGAACGCCCAUGCCUCCUUUUUUCAAAAGCAACAGCAGCAUAACUACGUAAAAAGUUACGUGUCAGCGGAUGAUUCACAGAAACUAGAAUGAGCUUUUGGAAAUCUCGUUUCCAACGAAUAUAAAACUUUGCAUUCGGCGGUAAUUUUGGUAAAUUACUCUCGGACGUCUUCGAUAAUUCGCAGGCAUGAACGUUCAAUCGCCUCUUCGACAACCUUUUGAUCAUGUGAAACGAAAUGCUUUAUGCUUCCGAGAGACCUUAAUAAUUUGUUCAAAAGAUGAGUCUAUGAAGGACAUAAAGCCGAUAGGCGGUUAUUGCAUUCUGGUAGAAUCCAUUGGGCCACAAGCCUGUGAAUUUUUAGUGCACAUACAAUCUUCAAUGUCCGUUAACGGUCACUUUGGCGGAUCGAAAGUUAUCAGCUCAGCAACGUCGAAAUUCCACUGUCUGGAAGAAAAAAGAACAGAAUUCAUGUACGAAAACGCUGAACUACAUGAAAAAACGAUUUACAUAGGUAUGGAAGACAAUUUCUUUCAUGUAAAACUGACGCGCACCUGUCCAUGCGAUAAGUCUACAGAAACCAAGAACAUAUCUUUUCAUUGUAACGACCGGCUAAUAAGCGAAGGAGUAAAUAUAUUGUUGAUGCGGUAUUUAGCGCUUAUAAAUUAUGAUGGAACGUUAUCGUUUGAGAGUAUUACUAUAGAUGGAGAUCUUGCUGCCUCUAGUUAUGUAAGAAAAUAUUAAAUAUUUCCUACUUUCUAAUGAAUUCAAGUAAAAAACGAUUUUCUUUUACAGGUAUGUA